AUGUUUACUCCUACUAUGAAAACCGUUAUGUUUGAUGAACAAUAUUGUCUUGGCUACAACUUUUUAAGAUCUCAGAAACCAUUUCGAGAAGACGGACUGGAACCGGUGACACUCACAACACACGGCACAUCUGGAAUUAUCGAGGAGAUUGAGAAAAAGUCUACAAGUUGGGAUGGUCCAAUUUCAUUUGCUUUAUUCAUUGACUAUCAUUCACAUCGUGCACUGGAGUAUAUUGCGGAUGUUCAUAGGUGUAACAAGAAAUUUCAGGAGAAAGUCAGCGUGCAGAUUGCUUUUCGAAUUUCUCCUUAUCAAAUGUUUUGUCAACCGAUUCAAUAUCCUAAAUCACUCAGAUCAUGUGAAGAUUUUAUUCGGAAUCAGAAGCAAUAUCAAAGAGAAAUAGAUGCACCAUUUCAACUAUAUCCUUUCAAUAUUAUGAGAAAUCUAGCAAGAAAAGGAGCACAAUCUGAUUUGCAUUUGCUCAUGGACGCAGAUAUGAUAACGAGUGAUGGCUUUGCCACUAAAGUAAAGAAGAUUUCAAAUGAGAUGAUAACUGGCAAAAAGAUGAAUGCAUUAGUAAUACGCCGUUUUGAAACAAAUAAAAAAUUAAUACCACGAGACAACAUCCAAUUGGAAGCAGCGUUUGAUAACAAAACGUAA